AUGGCCAAAGUAACUGUAACACAUAAGGACCAAGUCAAACAGUUGCCAGUCAUGGUGGUGGCAGGUAAUGGACCAAACCUGUUAGGCCGGGCGUGGCUAAAGGAGCUGGAGAUGGGUUGUCUACAGCUCCAUAAAGUAGAACAGCACGUGUGGACAUUGCAAGAUGUGCUGGAGAGCAAUGAAGAAGUGUUCAAAGAGGAACUGGGUACCUGGAAGGGUCCACCAGCAAAGAUAUACGUCAAAGAAAACGCAACGCCAAGAUUUUACAAAUCCAGACCCGUACCAUACGCCAUGAAGAAGAAAGUGGAGACAGAGUUGGAGCGACUCACCAAGCAAGGUAUAAUUGAGCCAGUAAAAUUUUCGGAAUGGGCGGCUCCCAUUGUUCCAGUAUUAAAGCCAGAUGAUACGGUACGCAUAUGUGGUGACUACAAGCUAACAGUGAAUCAAGUUUUGAAGUUGGAGCAGUAUCCAAUACCAACGGUGGAGGAUGUGUUGUGGGGGGCACGAGUGAUAAUUCCACCCCCAGGAAGACGCGCACUUUUACAACAGCUGCACCAGGGUCAUGUGGGCAUCACCCGAAUGAAGGCCUUAGCACGAAGUUAUUUCUGGUGGCCCAAGUUGGACCACGACACUGAAGUCACUGUGAAAGGGUGUAAUAUCUGUCAACAACAUCGCAGCUCACCGGAGGGGGCACCUCUACACCCCUGGGAGUGGCCGAGUAGACCUUGGCAGAGACUUCAUAUAGACUAUGCCGGGCCUUUUAUGGGAGCAAUGUUUUUGAUAAUAAUGGAUGCUCAUUCUAAAUGGAUGGAUGCCUACCCAGUCAAAACAACCACUUCUACCACUACUAUUGAAUGUCUGAGGAGGAGUUUCAGUAGCCAAGGACUCCCCGAGACUAUUGUAUCAGAUAAUGCUUCAUGUUUCAUGAGUGGAGAGUUCAAGGGGUUUCUGGAGAAAAAUGUGUCAAGGGUGUUAUUCAACUACCGCAUUACACCCCAGUCUACGAACGGAUUGUCACCUGCCGAGAUGUUGCAAGGACGGAGAUUAAGGUCAACCUUGGAUCUGGUGCGUCCAAAUAUCCGAGCUAAGAUAGAGAGGAUGCAGUGGAGGCAAAAAGAGCAUCAUGAUAGACGACGGAGAGAGAGAAGUUUCCUGGCGGGAGAUGCAGUGAUGACUCGCAAUUUCAGCUAUGGACCUAAAUGGAUUCCAGGGUUCAUUGUCAAGAGCACCGGUCCACUGUCGUACCAGGUGAGGUUGAAUGGAGGUCUCUUGGUGAGGAGACAUGUGGACCAGAUUCUGCGGAGUGAACAGAAGAAGGACUCCAUGGAACUGCCAGCCCCAGAAAUACCAUUAGUUCUGGGAGAAGGGUUCGCAGAGGCAGGAGGAUCUCCGAUCCUGGGGCCUGAGGUAGACCGCGGGGACUCGGAAGGAGAGGUUCCCGAGGACUCAACUGUUCCAGGGAUGGACAUCACACCGGUACCCGAGGUGGUUACUGUGACACCGGAGUCACCUAGUGUGGUACCAUUGCGUUGUUCUAAGCGUGCACUGGUUAAACCUAGUUACUUGAAGGACUAUCAGUGUUACAAGUGCAUGUGUAUGUUAGAAGACCAACAUAACUUGAUUGCAGGGUAA